AUGCUCGCCGCCCCGGGCCUGGGCCAGAGCCGGCGCCUUUCCCGGUGCCGCGUGCAGACGGUGCGGACCGAUGAGGACGCAGGAAACCCGGGGCCCCGGAGAGCGGGCCUGGGGAACGCGGAAGUCCAGCUCCUGGGAGCCGGCAUCGCUGCCACCCCACCCCACCCCCGGCCCGGGUCCCCAGCAGCCAGGGGCGGGAAGAGCUGGGAGCGCGGAGGCCGGCUGAGGGCGCUGCGGGCGCAAAGGCCGGGGGCCUCGGGGGUGAGCGGAGACCGGCCCGACGCCGCACGUGGGCGCCUGCGUUCAUGCGGCCAGCGAUGCGGAGCGCGCACGGCCCUGGGAGAGGGGCUGGUGGAGGGAGCCCGGCGGACUCAGGCUUCACCUGUGGCCACUGAAGAGCCGCAGCAGGACAGAGAGGCAGCGCCUGCCUUCCCUGGGCAUGCAGACCACCACCCCGAUCUCCCAGGAGACACCCGUGCCCUCGUCCCCAGCCCACUCCAAGAUCCAGCAGUGACUCAGGUGCUCUCUGCACCCCAGGACCCCAGAACGCUCACACCUGCUCCCCCUCCCGUCCGUGCCAGCGCUGUCUCCAUUAAUCAGCUGCGCGGCCCUGCUCUGAUCCUGCAUGCAGCUGCCCCUCCACAGGCACCUGGGGGGUCAAGAUCGCUGGGCGCCAAGAGGGACCCCCAAGGAGACCUGGUGGUAUGGGGGGGCUACACCUUGCACUCCUGGGGGCCCAUACAGCAGGUUUUCAGCAUCAUGCUUCUUGUCACACACCCAGAUUACCAGCCCGUGACCCACGCCAAGGACAUCUGCCUGCCGUGGGGAGCGCGGGAGACCUUGACACUGUCCCCACAGCCUAAUGGCUCUGCCAUCUGGGGCCCAGCCAUGGGGCUACUACGGCUGCUAUGGAGAGACCCCAGGGCCCCUACAGCUGUGACCUGGUGCCAGGCGGGGCUAGUGUGAGACUUCAAGGACCCACCCCCUGGGCUGAUGGAGGCCGAGGUCCGUGUGCUGGAUCUGGGUGUCUGCAGUAGCGCCUGGCUGCGCUCUGCUCUUAGAGCUGGCACUGCCGGAGGCAGGGUUUUGCUCGGUGUAACAUGCUCCUGCACACUUGCUUAUGGUGGAAACAGACCCAGAAAGUGGACCCUGACCUCGCCCAGACAGACUCUGGGGCACAUGGUGUGCAGAAACCGCACCCACGGCCUCGUCUCUUUCUCCGAUCUCUGGUGUGGGGACCCUAAGUCCCUGGAUGUGUACGCACAGGUGUCCCUCUUCAUGGCCUGGAUCUGGGAUGUCGUGCAGCCUGGUGACUCCCAGGCUGGGGCUGCGGGGCAUCGCCUCACGGCACAAAAUUGAACGUGAAGCUGUCAGUUCAGAUAGCGGUAUGUCACAGCCGGGCCCCAGAAGCCCAGGGCCUGGUGUCUGCAGGUGAGGGCAGCUGCUCCCAAAUGAAAAGCCAGAUCAAACCAGUGACACAUUGGCUGACUAACCAGACACUGUGACAGCUUUAUCCCAACAGGCUCCAGAACGCCCCCAGUCCUGGCUCCUCAGCCUCUGAAAUCCAUGCCCCUUAGCCAGUGCCAUCUCAUGUGCCUGUCACAUUAUCAUCAUUUUUUUUUUUUUUUAAU